ACGCUCCGAUGGGUGCCAGGGCACUCUGGCGUGCAUGGAAACGAAGAGGCUGACAAGCAUGCCAAACGGGCCUCGGAAGGUCAUCACAACGACAGCCCGGUCAACUGCCUCCCUCGUUACCUCCGUCAUCGCACCCUCCCCCUAAGCAUCUCCGCUCUGAAAGAAUCGCAAAGCAAGAACACAGCUGAGCGUUGGACGCACCUCUGGCGUACAUCCCCACGAUUUCACCACAUCAAUCGCCUCGACCCCCGCAUCCUCAAACGAUCCUUC